AUGGAGGUGACCUUCACUGUCUCACCGGACGAGCGACAGCAUGUGGAGUACCUGGCCGACCUCUUUGCUGUCAUUGUCGCCAUUGAGAAGGUGGAGAAGGCGAUGCUGCGCGACCUCAUCACGCAGGAGCAGUACGAUGCGACCAUUCGCCGCCUGCUGGAGAAGUACAAGUCUAGCGUGUCCUACCUGGAGCAGGGCCGCAACCCGUACUACACCACCAUUGACUCCUUUUGGGAAAACUACGGCUCCAAGUGCCCUGCCGCACGGGCCCGCAUCCAGCUGGGCCUCGCUGACAAGGACCAACAACAAAAAGAUGGACACACGAACACCACAUUGGUAUUGGAAUGUGGUCAGUACUUCAUUACACUCAUGGAUUCCCUCAAGCUGCAGCAGACCGCGGUGGAUCAGUUGUACACGCUGCUUGCAGAUCUAAUUCAGGGACUGAAGCGUUUGGGGGCAUCCGAUCAAGACUUCUUUCACCGUCUCCUGGUGUGGAAAGAGAAGCUGGACACAAUGAAGGCGUCCGAUGAGUUAAACGAGAGGGAUACGCGGGAGUUUGCAUUUGUGCUGGAAUGCGGAUAUCAGGCCUUUUACGCCUAUCUUAGUGACAUCAGUACAACGAAGACAAGAUCAUGA